UCCUCUUCUCGUGGGCUGCAGUAGUAAACAGGCAUGGCGGACAAGAAGGCAGCCACCGCGCCGCAGAAGGCCCUCACCAAGGCCGAGGGCGAGGAGAUCGUGCAGAAGUUCCAGCAGCUGAGGAACGAGCAGCGGUCCCUGAUGGCCAAGAUCACGGAGCUGGAGCAGGACCUCAACGAGCACAAGAUCGUGAUAGAGACGCUGCAGGAUGUGUCGCCGGACCGCAAGUGUUUCCGCAUGGUUGGCGGUGUCCUGGUGGAGCGCACGGUCACUGAGGUCUUGCCGGCUCUCAUCAACAACAAAGAGCAGCUGACGAAGGUGAUCGACAGCCUCAACGUGAAGCUGGUGAGCAAGGGGAAGGAGGUGAAUGACUACCGGGCGAAGCACAAUAUUAAGAUCCGUGGCCAGGAGGACUUGAAGGACUCGCAGCAGACGGAGACCAACACAGGAACGCAGGGGGUGCUCGUCGCGAACAAGUCCUAGUCUCGAUUGUUCCUCGAUGUCCCUUUACUGCUGUUCCUUUAUCCCCCUUCCCCCUGCUUCCCCACUCCUUUAUUUGCCUGGUUUCUUUACUUUGCUUUUAUCAUGCGACUUUUCUAUGUUUUGUUUCUCUUAAUCUCUUUUUUUCCUUCUCUGUUACAAUCUUUUCCUUCAUUUUUCUGUCUUUCUGUGUCUUGUUUAUCAUAGUUUCUCUCCUGUCUUUGCCUCUACCUCCCUCUCUCUUUCUCUCUCCAUCAUAUUCUCUCUAAAUACCCAGCAUCUCUCACCUUUUAUAUGGCAUUUUAAUUUAACCGUAGCCAGUUGUUUCAUGCUUGCUGGCUUUCAUUCUGGUCCUAGUAUGGUCUCAUUCAGGUCUGGUCACACUGUCUCGAGGGUCCAAGUCGCUCCUGUGUGGGGACUUUCGGACUCUUGAACUGCUAUGUAAUAUCUGUAAGACGCGGACCAGAUAUUGUGUUGCUCAGAGAGAGAAAUGACUAGUGGCUAACUGUGUGUGUUUUGCUAAGGCUUAAUUCUCACGACACUUUCAGCCCUCAUAACCUUGUUUCCCGAGGCCACAAAUGAGGUUAGUUGAGUUUCCAUGAGUGGUUUUUCAUAUUCAUGGUGCAGAAGUCUUGUCAAACUAUCACUAGGCUCAUCAAACUGCCCCUGGAAAUACCCACAACCUCUGCAAAAGCCCUGAGAAUAUGGGCGUAACUUGGGUCCAUAGUUUCCGAUACUUUAAGCUCUCAUAACAUCUACUCCCCAAGGCCACAAAAGAGGUUAGUUGGGUUCCCAUGAGUGGUUUUUCACAUCCAUGGUGCAGAAGCCUUGUCAAAGUAUCACAAGGCUCAUAAAACUGCCCCUGGAAACACAUAACCUCUGCAAAAGCCUUGAGAAUAUGGACGUAACUUGGGUCCAUAGCUUCCGAUACUUUAAGCUCUCAUCUACUCCCCAAGGCCACAAAGGAGGUUAGUUGGGUCUCCAUGAGUGCUUUAUCACAUCCAUGGUGCAGAAACCUUGUUAAACUAUCAUUAGGCUCACCAAACUGCCCACCAUGGAAAUACUAUAUACCGAGAUAACAGAACUGAUACACGGGAAGGAAGGAGGAUAGAAAGAAGGAAGGAAGGGUACAACGUUGCCAGAUUGUCGUACUCAGAGCCUUGUAUUUACCAGUUUCUGAACCAUAGCUAUUGCCAAAAAAACACCAAUAAUUAACCAUUUUAACGAUAACUAUAUAUGAAGGCAAUUAUUGGGGGUUGAGGAGGCAGUCUUGGGGUUGGAAAUCGGCAAACAUAGGACGCGGAGAGUACGAUAAUUUUGCAAGGGUGGAAGGAUGCAACACAACAACCCCUUCUGUGGAAUCCUUAUCUUAUGUGGGUGUAUGAAGCCGGAAAUGUCUGAGAAUAUGGGCUUAAGUGAGUGUUAGUGUGACUGGGUUAACUGGAAACACCUCUUGCAUUGGUGGUGAUGAUGGUGGUGAAGGGUGAUGAUGAGGAAGAAGGGUGGUGAUGGUGGUGAGGCUGGCUUAUGUUUUUGAAAGGCCUUGUGUCUGUGUGAUGAUGGUGGUGGUGGCGGUGGUGGUAGUAGGUGUUUUUGAAAGCCUUUGUGCUCUGUGUAUGUGAUGUUGAUGAUGAUGUUGAUGGUGGUGGUGAUGGUGUGAGAGCCUAUGAACAAACUUAUAAAAAGGUGUUGAAUAAGGAUGGUUUUUUUGAGUACCACCAUCACCAACACCAUCACCACCACCACCUCCAUCAUCACCACCACCACCAACACCUUGUAUGUAUGCUUAUUAUCUUCCUAUACGCACAGAGAGACAGACAGACAAACAGACAGGAAGGCUUAUGAGUGUGCGUGUGUGUGUGUUUGUGUGUUAACUGGAGAAGGGUGUGUUAGUUGUGUUUAUUUUUGGAAUGUUUAACUUUUUUUUUGCUUAAUUUGGAGGAUCGAAAGGAAUAGACUGGCCAGCAUUAUUAUUAUUAUUAUUAUUAUUAUUAUUAUUAUUAUUAUUAUUAUUAUUAUUAUUAUUAUUAUUAUUAUUGUUGUUGUAUAUAAUUUUGUUUAUUGCCUCAGUUGAAAAUAAGAGAGAGAGAGAAAUAAUGUCUUUUGUGAAUAAUACUAGUGAUAAGAUUUUGUAUGGCUCAUUAUAGUCUUUCAAUUCUUUUUGUUUAUUUAUUUAUUAUUUUUUCAUAUCCCGUCGAAACCGAGAUACAUAAAAAUUGACGUCUUUCUUUUCUACUGUGAAUAAUGAUACUGAUGAAUAAGUUUGUAUACAGUUGACGAUGACCACUCAAUUUUUUUUCUUUUCUUUCCUCUGUCUAAACUUAGAUAAAAAUUGACAUCUUUCUUUCCUACUGUGAAUAAUGACGAUGAUGAAUAAGCUUGUAAAAGGCUAAUAAUAGACUUCCAAUUCUUUUUUUUGGUAGUGAGUAAUAAUAAUAAUAAUAAUAAUAAUAAUAAUAAUAAUAAUAAUAGUAACCAAAACUGCACCAAGCUGAACUUCUUAUGUGAUGGCUUUAUGUAUUUAGAAGACCUUAUUGUUUGUUUGUGUAUAAUAUGUGUAUUUAGAAGACCCUGUUUGUGUAUAAUGCUUUGUUUUAUAUUAUGUAUACAUGAUGCCUUUACACACACACACACACACACAUACACAACACACACACACACACACACACACACACACACACACACACACACACACACACACACACCAGAUAUCACCACCUGGCCUCAUUUUCCUAAUUCAUUCUCUCCCUCUCACCUUCCCUCACUCCUCUCUCAUUUUCAUUUACUUUCACUUUCACUUUCUCUCCCUGCUCAUGCCUUUUUUUCUCUCCAUCGUGACAAUUUCCUUGCUUUUCUCCCUCUCAUCUUCUUCCUCUUCUUUCUCAUUUUCACUCAUUUUCUCUCACUUUCUCUCCCUGCCCUUUCCUCCUCUCUCCAUCCUGACCUGAUUUCAUUGCUUUUUUCUCUCACACCUUCCCUCACUCUCCAUUUCACUCACUUUCAUUUUCUCUCCCAUUCAUGACCUUUUCCUCUGUCUUCUCUCUCCAUCUCUUCCCUCCAUGUCUCCAUCUUGACCUAAUCUUGUUGCAUUGCUUUCUCUCUCUCUCUCUCUCUCUCUCUCUCUCUCUCUCUCUCUCUCUCUCUCUCUCUCUCUCUCUCUCUCUCUCUCUCUCUCUCUCUCUCUCUCUCUCACUUUCCUUCACUCCUUUCAUUUUCUCUCAUUUUCUCUCCCUGCUCAUGUUUUUUUGCUUCUCUUCUCUCCAUCUCUAUCAUACCCAAAUCUCGCUGCUUUAGAAGGGUGUAACAGAAGACACUUGUUCACCAGUAUCUCUCUCUGCUGCCUUCGUUCUUUCUCAUGAUCCAAGUGAUAAUAAUAAUAAUAAUAAUAAUGAUACUGAUAGUGAUAUUAAUAAAAAAGGCUUUGAUUUUUUGAAGCUGCUAACUCACUC